ACACAUUUUUAAAGAUCUGCUCUAUUUCUGCCGCCAAUCUGCUAUUUAAACAUGUUAUCAAGCUUUGUUAUAUUUCAGUUGAUGUUUUGCCAACAAUCAUGUGAUAUAUCAGAGCCUGUAUCAAAUCUGUAGUCUUCCCGUCGAGAAAAUUUGGAAGCAGAGUUUCCUCAAAUCUGUUCUCUACAGGCUUGGCCGUCUGGAUAGAUUCAUUCUCGCGAAAAUUUGAUCGGGACGUUCGUCGCGUGUAUCUACGUGCCGCGUGGAAAUUUAAGCGUCGCGCCAAGAGUGAAACCAGUUUCGUUCGCGCGGCGGCGACGCGGGCCGUGGGUUGGCGAGCCUGGGCGCGGCACAGCCCGACUCGCAGUCAACUUCGCGCCGCGCGCGCGUGCGCGCGCAGCCGUGCGUGGCCGCCGUACUCCGGCGGCGCCUUCGCAGAGCGAGGAGCCGCACCGUCGCGUACAUACAUACGUACGCCGUGUGGUGUAAGGGGACCCGCAACGGGGGACGUGCCGUGCCGUGCCGCGUCGUGCGGUGGCGGGGCCGGAAAGAGGGAGCGAGACAGGGUGAGCGGGCGCAGGAAAGAGGGUGGAGGAGAGAGAGAGAGAGAGAGAGAGGAAGCGGGAGCGGACGCGAGGGUGGUGUGGUCACACUGGCGCGUCCGCCGUCGACUGACAACGUCCACGAGGGAGAGUGUGAUGCGGCUCGCGCGAUGGUGGACAACGAGUUCCCGGCCGCCGAGAAGAUCCUCCGCGACAUCGAGAACACCGUCCGGAGGAAUCCCGCCAUAAAGAGCUUCGUGAUCCUGCCGAUGGAGGAUAGCGAGAACCGGUCGCCGGUGUUCCACCAGGAGGACAGCCUGGGCCUGGCGUCGUGGUGCGUCCAGCCGCUCUACGUGUACACGUACCGACGGCUGCUGGAGUACCGGCGGACGCGGCAUCAGCGGCGCGAGGAGCCCAGCACCGUGGCGAGAUGGCUGCUGGGCGCCCUGCUGUUCAACCCGAGCGUGACCAUGUUCUGGAACAUGCGGCGGGAGCUGGUGCGCGCCGGCAGGCUGGACCCGCGCGACGAGCUGUCGUUCACGCGGCCGGUCCUCUAUCACACGCCCAAGUGCUUCGAGGCGUUCUCGUAUCGCAGCUGGCUGAUGCCGUACGUCCUGGACGCCGAGCGGACCGACGUCGCCGAGGCGCUCGCCAACGACGAGCUCGAGCUCGUGCAGACCUGCGCCGAUCGCUACGCGAACAACUACCACGCGUGGAGCUAUCGCCGCUACUUGGUCACCCUCUCCGAGUCCCGCGGUCUACGGCGGCUCAGUCUGGACAACGAAUGGAUGAGCACGUUCGUCUGGUGCCGGCAGCAUGUGUCCGACCAUAGCGCGUACUCCUAUCGACAGUUCCUGCUGCGUAAGUACAUCCAGGCGGUGGUCUCCUCGGGCGGCAGGGAGGCGCACGACAGCCCCGGUUAUCACGUCGUCAUGCACGACGGCCCGUUCCUCUACAUGGGCCGCCACGAGCUCGACGACGACGAACGGACGUUGCUGGAGCGUAUCAGCGAGGUCGCGCGUCUCGAGCGCGAUCACGGCUACUCGACCACCGACGUCCGCAAACUCAGGUGCUACCUAAUGGCGUUGUCGUACUGGACGGAGGAGUGCUCGCACAACGAGCAGUACAUCAGCCUGCACGACAAUCACGAGACGCUGUGGUGCCACCGCAGGUUCCUGGCGCACCUGAUCGCCGUCCUCACCGCCGCGUACGCGAGACACGCCUGUUAUCGCGAGGACGAUUUCUGGGACGCUCGAUGCCACGACGCGCCGUCGCUCGCACCGCUCCUACGCGACAGACGUUUCACCGCCGACGACGACCUGCUGAUGGCGGCGCACGUGAUGCUCGUCAAGUCCUUUUGCUCCAUCAGCCUCGGUAUUAUCGAGAUGGCGGUCAAGCGCCCGCAGGAAAAAGUGUUCAUCGAGAGAUUCUGCACGUAUCUCGAGAGAAUAGGCUUGCGAUGAUCGGGAUUGGCGCGCGAGAUUUUCGGCCUGACGAAGGCGCGACGAGCUGAUCGAAGUUUCGCUUGUCAGGAAGUGAUAAGCGCGGGGAAUCGCGUGUUAAUUCUCGCGCAAUAAUUUCAUUGCAGCAUAAUUUCUCUUCUUCUCUCUUUCUCUCUGUUUUUGUGAUUUCGUAUUGUCCAAAUCGCGUUAAGUCGCAUUCGAUGUGUAUGACGGUCUUCAAUGGCAUACAAGGCAUUUUAUUUUGGAAUAGCCGCAAAAAUGGUUUGCUUCUUUUCUUUCUUCUAAGGCUUUCGGAUACUCUUGGAAUAUUCUUAAGACGUUCGAUUGUGUCGUUCUAUCAGUUGUUUUCUAAUUUUUUAUUUAAUUUAUAUAUUUAUAUCAAUAUCUUUUAAAGAAUUUGUUAGUCAAAUCUCAAACUUCUCGGGGGAUCGUUGAUAUGCAAUUUUUAUUUCUAUGUUGUCUGUCGUUUCUUAGCAAAGGAAAGGCUUUCUUAUUGGAGGAAUAUUUAAAAAAUAUAGAUUUUAUGGAGAGAGUAUACUUUUUAGGAAAGGAAAGUUUUUCACAAUUCUGAAAUUUUCCGGUUUGGUGCUCAAAGAAAUACUCUCUUCGAUUCGCGAGGCGACUCAUUCGCACGUAGUUAGCGCACGAUUGCGAUAAGCAGGAUUCAAUUGUAGAUAGGCGAAAUUGAAUCGUUAUCAAUACUUAAUUUCCGCAUUGUUCGCUCGCGCAGCGAGUCCGACGAGCCAUCGAGUACACCAGUGAUACGUAAAAGUGAAAUUUAAUAUAAUAACGAAUUAUAGAGGAUACGCGAGAAACGAAGAGGCGGAUCCCGUCUCGCCGAGAGAGAUCUCCGUCGAAGGGGGAGUGCGAAAGUUUAGUCGUGAGAACAAUUAUGUAUACUUAUAAAAUAUUGAACGAGGAAAAAAAAUGAAGAUGCUAGUUUUCUAA